AGUACCUAGACAACUGAGGACACAUAUUAAGACAUUGAAUAACUUCCUUGGCGAAUAUGAAUAUAAAUUGAGUCCAUGGCUGCGGUCGCGGUCGACAACCCCAACUGUUCACGCCCUCCCACCGAUAAGAUAAGCAAACUACUACCUGAAAGGGAAACAAGCACCCGAGCUGACCAACGGAAAGUCCCUGGCCGAGUCAAACCUUCUUGCUGAAGGAGAAAGGUACCUUCAAACCGUCGCUGCUGUUGUACACUUCGCCGGCAGACCUCGACAAAGCCACCAGGCAGGAAGGAGCGUCGUCCCAGAAGAAAAGGUCUUCGUCAUGGCCAAGCACUGGGAGCAGAACAAGGACGCCACCGUCUAUGUCGGCAACCUCGACGAGCGCGUCAGCGAGGGCAACCUCUGGGAGCUGAUGACGCAGAUGGGCCCCGUCUACAACGUGCACAUGCCCAUGGACCGCGUCUCGCGGACGCACCAGGGCUACGGCUUCGUCGAGUUCGACACCCCCGAGAGCGCCGACUACGCCUCCAAGGUCCUCAACGGCAUCCGCCUGCACCAGAAGCCCAUCCGCGUCAACAAGGCCAGCGCCGACAAGCAGAAGCCCACCGACAUCGGCGCCGAGCUCUUCGUCAACAACCUGGACCAGCAGGUCGACGAGAAGAUCCUCUUCGACACCUUCUCCCAGUUCGGCACCCUCGUCGCCCCGCCCACCGUCAUCCGCGACCAGAACAACCUGAGCAAGGGCUACGGCUUCGUGUCCUACGACUCCUUCGAGGCCUCUGAUGCCGCCAGGGAGACCAUGAGCGGCCAGUACCUCCUCAGCAAGCAGAUCACCGUCGAGUACGCCUACAAGAAAGACGGCAAGGGCGAGCGCCACGGCGACGAGGCCGAGCGCAAGCUCGCCGCAGAGGGCAAGAAGCACAACGUCGUCCCGGAGCAGCAGCCCCUCCCGCCAGCCUUCCUCAUGUCCGCCUCCAACUCCACCGCCCCCGCCACAUCAGCUGCCAACGGCGCCGACGCGCCCGCCAUCCCACCACCAGGCCCAACCCCCUCGCCCGGCAUGCCGCCCAUGGGCAUCCCCAGCGGCUUCGCACCACCCGUGCCCCCAAUCGCAGCCGCCCCGCCAGCAGGGGCCGGUAUGCCCCCCAGAUUCGACCCAGGCCACGCCGGGCUCCCCCACCAGCCUCCCAUGGUGCCCCCGGGUUUCGGACGCGGCGCCGGUGGCCUGCCUCCCGCAGUCCCGGGCCUGCCUGCCCGUCCGCCCGUGCCGUCAGUCGGUUUCGGCGCCAUGCCGAGCGAAUUCCACCCAGGCCGUCCGGGCGCGCCCCCGGGUGCUGGCGGUGCUGGCCCCCCCGGCUUCGGUGUGCCCCCUCCGGCCGGUUUUGGAGCUCCCAACGGCACGCCGCCUCCGCCUCCUGGGUUCAUGCCCCCGCCUGCGGGCUUCGGUGGUCCGCCGCCUGGGCAGGCUCCUCCUGGGUUUGGGCGCCGUUAGGACGUGAUGGCAUGCUUUCCUUCUUAUGCAUAAUCUUUUCGGAGUUAGUUAGAAAGGCUGGGCAAGGAGCACAUUCAGCAAAAUAGUUAGCUAAAUCCCACAUGAUACCCUUCUGAAA